AUGGAUUACAGUUCUGAACUUCAACCUAUUCAGAAAGUCCUUUUCGCUCAGUUCCCAGCUAUUACUUUCAAGAACACCACAGACAACCAGUUCACGGUAACUAUGGCAGAAGCAGUUACGGAAGAAAUGGAUAUGCGCGAGACAGUAGAGAAUGAAAGCAGCCUUAGUGUCAAUUGUGAUAAUUUAUGCAGAGCAUUGUGCGUAGUAUUUAAAGACUACAUAAAGAUAUGUACUGAAAGCAAACACACCAUCACUUGUCAGAUACCAUUUGAAAUUGGAGAGGUAACGCCUUUAGAUGUUGGCUUAAUAGUGAGUCAAAAUUAUGUGGUCAAGCCAAAUAAAAAGGGGAAAACGAAAACAGCCUUUUCAUCCUUUCUAAAGCCAUCGACAGUAACUACCGUAACUCCAGUGACACCACUUAGGAGAGCGCCAAGCGAUUUAUAUGAAUUGUCGUCGUCCUUUGUUACAAUAACAAACCCUUUGAAGGAAGCAUGUCCGGUGAUAUCAAAAGACGUAAACAGUGUUGGUAUAUCAACAUUGCCUGAGCCGUUCAGUGACCCACAAAAGGUGCUUUUUGCAACAGCAGAGGUGUCAGACACGGGACGUCUACCUGUUAUUGUGACGUUAAAUAUGAAGGAUAAGAAGCAUUACAUCUGGACAUAUGAUAGAAGGAAAAAUAAAGGCAUUUUAUCAGAAAAAACAAGAGGUUUCUCACCUUCUCCACUCGUUUCGAGAAAGAGGCCAUUGCCGGAUGAUUUAGUAGACAACAAUACCAGGAAGAGACAAAAGAGUAUCAGUGGAGUCAAAGAUCAUUUUUAUGAAGGAUAUUCAUCAAAGGAUGACAUUGACCUUGAAGAUGUGAAAGAGAGGGAUUUAUAUAAUGAGCUACUGGAUCCAAGCGAAAUAUCUAUAAGGUUGCUUUGGAGAGAAACUCUUGGAAAAAAGGAAUCUACUAAAUUGAGGAAUGAAGAGCGUAUAGAAUCAAGCGCUUUUCUAGUGCAUGGCUUAAAGGGUCAAGAGAUGAUAUGUAUCAUGAAUUAUGCACUAAAGAGCCUUCAAUUAAUCAAUUUGGAUAAAGCAACGUAUUCUAUCAACAAAUGCGUUGAAUUAAAGACAUCUGCACUGUUUGCUAUACCCAUCUAUGCGACAAGAGAUAGACACAUUGAUUUGCUAUACAUGAGCAAUGAAAAUAAGCUACGACUAUUCAUUGAUAAAUCAUUCAAUUAUUCUAUUAUUCAGCCUACCUCACCAUCAGAUGCAAUACCUCAUAAAUUGCUUGAUCCUCUUCAUGACAAGUUUUCUAUACAAUACAGCAAUGAUGAAAUAUACAGAUACCAACUGAAUCUAAAGCCACAAUCAGUGAUGGUUCGAGACUGUCUUCUGGCAGUAGAUUGUGGCUCGAUCAACCAUUUUCCACGUAUUUGGAGUCGCUUUAUAGACAUUUGCUUCUUUUCACAGCAGGAGCUUAAUACGCUUAGCACGCCAGAUCACGAAUGGAAAUCGUUUUUAGUCGCGCUUUUAUCGUCUCUAGCAAUUAGAAGAAGAAAAAAAAGAAGCUAUUUGGAGAGAAAAAAAAGACGCCUUUCAUACAAAAUAUCAAGUGCAAGUAACGCCUACCUAUCCGAUGAUACCCCUAUACCAACCAAGUGGAUAGAAAGAGUAAUUGAAUUAAGUGAAGCAUCUGACUCGCCCAAAUUGCCGCUACCUGCAUUUGUUGAGAUUGUUCAUAAUUUACAUGUUAUUUAUGAAGAAUACAGGAUAAAGAAGCCAACCUUCAUGCACGCAAAGGCAUUGGGCUAUUUGCUACUUCAAUGCGCUGUUCUUUUGAGAAGCGAUGACUGGAUUCGUUAUUAUGAAAACCAAGGCCUUCAAACAGAACUUGUUCAUUCAUUAGAAGUAGCAGACGAAGAUAUCAGAGAGAACAUGACAGAGCCUGCCAGUAUCCAGGCUUGCUUACAAGAAAUAACCCCUAAAAAUUCGUCGAAACCGACGCUUUUAAGAUCUUUUGGUGUUAAUACUCUGGAACCCGCUCUCUAUUACUAUACCAAUACCUAUGCGCGUACUACAAAAAGCCUUUGGACAAUCUAUGGUGCGCUUUAUGAUACUUCCAGUGAUGCAGCUUCGUUAUUGAGUCGCAUUAUUUCUGAAGGAGUGACUCGACACACUAUCGAUAUGCUGGAAGAAUCAAUUGCUGCUCCUAUUCUGGAUGUUCUCAAUAAAUUCAAGUCUCACCCUACCUUUGACUGGCCAAAGGAAGCUUACAUACUUAUCGGACGGAACGAUAUCUAUAAACAACUUGAAGCAAAAGUGGUAGUAUGUGAUCCCAACAUUGAUACAUUCAAACUAGCUUCUCAUGAGGCUUAUGAGCAUGUAGCUAGUUUGGACGAGCUUAUGAAGGAUCAAGUGGCUCUAAAUGAUGAAUGUGUGUACAAGUCGGACAUCAUGGAUAUGCAAACUGAGCAUUUUCGAUUUGGCUUUGACGGGCUUGUUAAGAAGGUGAGAAUAAUGCUGGAUGCUAGUAGGAUACCUGAGCACCAUGUUUCUGAAAGAGCAGAUAUAUCGGAUGAUGAAUUGACAAUUGAAUAUCAGGAGCAAAUCUUGAUUAUUGCUCAAAGAACACUUGCUCUAGCGGCUGGUAGAGGGAUAUAUGCUUUUGGUACGCAUAUACCUGAUUUAACCAAGGUGCUUCCCUUUGAGACCAUUGUGCUCUCUGCCAAAAUUUUACCUUUACGUACGAUUGUUGCUUUAGAAAGUGAAUAUAUCACUUCCGAAAUGUUGAUAUGGCCACAGUUUCACAAUGGUGUUGCUGCCGGCCUUCGUAUUGCUCCUAACAAUGAAAUUGAUGAUUCAUGGAUAAACUUUUGUAGCCCCGCUGAAUUGACACCUGAACAUGGUGGUAUGCUCCUUGCGAUGGGGCUUAACGGUGCGCUCAAGAGGUUACCUUUUGGUCACUGGGUUCGAUUCUUUUCUCAUACGUACGAGCCUGUUUCUCUUGGAUUCAUCUUGGGCGCUGCAGUAGCGUAUAGAGGGACGAGGCAUAGCAAAGUAACCAAGAUUUUGUCAGUUCAUAUACCAUCUCUGCUUCCUGACGGAGGUCAUUCAUUCAACUACUCAAACAUGAUCAUUGCUACCAGUUUGCUGGGAAUGGGACUUGUUUACUCCAAAUCAUGCGACCGCCUAAUGGUGACUGUCAUGCUCCAGGAGCUGGGGAAGAAUGCCUACAGUGAUCCGUCAACGCUAAGCCCUGAUUAUGAAAGUUGCGCUUUGGCAGCUGGGUUUGCGCUUGGUUUCAUUACACUGGGAUCUGGAAACCAUCUUGAAGCCUUGGAAGAUCUUCAGUUGCGCAACAGGCUAUAUAACUUGAUGUCUGGUCGAUUCGUUACUGCCACACACAGUCAACAGCAACAAGAUUGCCUCCAAGAAGAUACUGAUAUUCCUGAAAUGAAUGCUAGUAAAGACCAUUUAAUAAAUCUUGACAUCACCUCACCAGGCGCAACCAUAGCGCUUGGGCUAAUGUACUUGAAGACUGAAAACAAGAGAGUUGCUGAUCAUGUAGACAUUUUGGAAACGAGACCCUACCUGAAUUAUGUUCGUCCUGAUUUUUUGCUCAUUCGUGUGGUUGCCAAAAACUUGAUCAUGUGGAGUACUAUUAUGCCAACAGAUACAUGGAUAGAGAGUCAAUUACCAGACUUUAUCGUCCAUCCAUCUGCAGAAGAACAAGAGCAGCAUGUCAAAUUAGACGAGGAAGUUUCCAAACAAGCAAUGUACAACAUCAUUUGUGGUUCAUGCUUAUGCCUUGGUCUGCGAUAUGCCGGAUCAAAGAAUAAAGAAGCACUUGGUGUAUUGCUUUCUAGGCUUGAUUCGUUUAUGAAAUUGUCUACGUUACCGGAUACAACACCACAAAAACGGGUGACCAAGUGCAUCGUUCGUACCUGUAUUGACGUUGUGUGUACCGCUGCAGCCAUGGUCAUGGCAGGUUCCGGAGAUCAACAAGUGUUUGCUCGUCUUCAACAACUGUAUAGCCGCACGACAGCUGAAGUGUCUUAUGGUAGCCAUAUGGCUGUCUCUAUGGCACUUGGCUUACUCUUUGUCGGCCUCGGUGGUUAUACGCUCAAGACAACAGAUGAGGCCAUUGCUGGGCUACUAUGCGCUUUCUAUCCAUUCUAUCCUAUCAACACAGAGGAUAAUCGAUACCAUCUUCAGGUGUUUCGCCACCUUUGGGUUCUUGCUAUUGAUUCUCGCUGGUUAAUACCGUUUGACGUUGAUCAUAGACAACCGUGUCGUUUACCAAUGUACCUAGAGCUAUAUGACGAUGACGGAAGAGCAUCCAAUGACGAAAGACGGGUAUAUCAAGUAAGGAUUGAGGCGCCUUCGGUUGUGCCUGAUUAUAGCUUGAUCAAAUCGAUUCGUCUGGACAGUAAUAGGUAUUGGCCGUUAUUUGUAGAUGAAAAGGCUGGUAAAUAUAGAGAGUCAAUCAUCCGGUCUGGUAUCAUUUAUGUAAAACGAAAAGAUGGAAAACUUAGCUAUGAAGAGGAUCCUUGUGGAAGAAGUAGUUUUGAUAUGUAAACUACAAUAAAUUUGCAAAGCUUUUGUUUUAUAUCCAUGAAAAUGAUCUAUUAUAAAAGAGACAUCUACUCGCUAUUCUUGUGGAAGGCUAAAGUGAAAGUUGAUUAGAAAAACGAAAGGGAUCAACAAAAAACUAGCCACAAUUUUCAUGCAUAAUGCUUUAUUUUUUUAAUGAAAUGAAAAACGUAUUUGUAUGGCGUGUGAUGCAAUGAAUUGAGAGUAUGGGGCAUUUUUAUGAAAAACUCCAGGUGGCUCAUCUCCCCAAUUGUACUUUUGUGCCAUGAUUCAUUUGCCAAUUAUCACAUUGUUCGUAUUGUCCUUAGGCUAUCCGUCUAUUCCCUUUUCUCUAGUCAUCUAUACUUGCCGCCGAUCGUCUCGCUCUUACCCCAUAAGCUCUAUUCUUUGUAGAUCAAUCUUCAAGCCCUUAAUAUCACCCUGUCUUGU